AUGUCAUCCUCAACAACAGCCACCACUGCAAGUGCCACUACAACGCCUUCCACAACAACGACCACGACCACAACAACGGCCACCACUGCAUCUUCUGCCACAACUGCCACCAGCACAACUGCCGCUACAACGCCUUCCACAACAACGGCCACCACUGCAUCUUCUGCCACAACGGCCACCAGCACAACUGCCGCUACAACGCCUUCACCAACAACGGCCACUACCACGACAACGGCCACCACUGCAUCUUCUGCCACAACUGCCACCAGCACAACUGCCGCUACAACGCCUUCCACAACAACGGCCAGCACUUUAUCUUCUGCCACAACAGCCAGCAGCACAGUUGCCACUACAAUGCCUUCCACAACAUCGGCCACCACUGCCUCUUCUGCCACAAUGCCCACCACUUCAUCUUCUGCCACAACAGCCACCAGUACAACUGCUACUACAAUGGCUACCACCAUGUCUUCUGCAGCACCCACCACAUCACCACCAAUCUCCACCAGCAGUGCCUCCACCACCAUAAGCACUACAUCCAUAACUACAAAUAGUGCCUCCACCACAACAGGGUCCGGCACCACUGCCUUCACUACCAUGACAGAUACUACUUUCACGAUGCCACUGUCAAGUGCUCCAUCCACAACCUGGCAAGCCCCAACCAUGACUUCUUCCUUCACUACUUCUAGCCUUGGCUCAACAACCACCAAUGGCGCCUCCUCCUCCACCACGAUGAGCACUGCCUCCUCCACUAUGACAAGCACCACAUCGAUGCCUACCAAUCAUGCUUCUUCGACCACAACAAACGCUGGCUCGAUGACUACCAGCAGUGCUCUCUUCACCACAAAUAGCGCCGCCUCAACCACUACCACCAUUGGCACCUCCUUCACCGCUACAAAUGCUGGCUCAACGACUAUCACCAGCGGUGCCUCCUCCACCACUACAAAUGCCAUCUCGACGACUACCACUAGUGGCAUCCCCUCCACCACUACAAGCACCGUCACAACUGCCUCCACUACCACCACCAGCAGUGCCUCCUCCACCACAAAUAGUGCUGCCACGACAAUCACCCUCAGCGGUGCCUCCUCAACCACGACAAACACUGGCUCAACUACUAUCAACAGUGGCACCUCCUCCACCACAACAAAUGCCAUCUCCACGACAACGUAA